AUGGAAACAGCUCUUCGAGCUUUGCUGAAAGUUAUCGGUCCUGCUAGAGGGCCGUUUGGAAGAAUUCAAGCUAUCCAAGUCGGUUGCCACGGAAACGUAGUUAUGACGUCGUCUAGUCGACACACGAUGAAUUUGCUGUCGUUGGAGAAUCCAUACUUUAAAAUAAUCAAAUCGGGAACAGUUGGUCAUCUAAAUAAUUUUCAUGAUGGAGGAUUGCUGGUUGCAACAUUUGCAACAAAGCUUGUUCUUGCCGGAUUGUCUUCGGAGAUCCCUCGGCAGCUCGUCAUUUCUGUGUAUGCACAUGCUAGGUCGUUGUGUCUUGAGCAUCUCGAUGGUGACUCAGGCAUGGUUGUGUCGCUUGAACUGAACGACGCAGAGAUGAUGCUGAAUGUCGUCAAGAGCAUCCUCUGCAGCAAGCCGCUUUGUUGCCUGUCGCCUCUGUCAUUGCAAUCCCUAGCUUUGCUACUAGUAAAGGCAUACUUCACCACUCUUCCUAUUAGUCUCGCUCACGACUCGCCUCUCGAAAGAGUCCGAUUUACCUUACUACGCGGCGAAGAAAGCGACAAGUCUGAACUAUUCGAUGGCGUCCUUCUAACGACAUCACCACAGUCAAAACAAUUCGUAAAAACAUUACAAAAUAUGAAAAAAUUCACGGUCGCAGUUUUCAACAUUUCGCUAGCCGGAGAUGCCGAAGACUGGCCCGAACGAUUGACGGUCGACUUGCUUGGAUAUGAUUUUUCGGAUGACGGCUCGUUCAAGUCUUUGAUCGAUUGUGCUGAUGAGCUGAUCAGAUUAGGAGUCAAUCUCGUCGUCUGUCAAAAGUGUAUCCAUCCUGGAAUGAAGUCUCAUUUGCAAAGCAAGGGAGUUCUGUCUAUUGAUCGGGUGUCUAUCCAGUGUAUCGAAGCAGUUGGGAGUGUGAGCGGUGCAAGUUUCCUGUCGGAUGUUCAUCCGCCCUUUCCGAUGACGUCGUUCGGACGCUUGGAAGAGAUCAACUAUAUUAUACGUCACGAGAAAUGUUUCCUGCAGCUCAAGCCUCCUAUGUCAGCCGGUGAGAUGCCUAUCAAUACAAUCCUGCUGUGUGCAAGUAACGAAACGAGUCUAGACGAACUAAAGUCGACAUGCGAACAAACAAUUUGUACUCUCACUCACGUAGUGACCAAGGCGAUACGAGGAGGGGGGUGGAUGGAGAGACAACUGGCUGACCACCUGAGAUGCUCAAAACCCGACAAUGACAUACUUCACAAACUGCGAUUAACGAAGAGUCAAUAUGGAACAAUAAUCGAGCGGUUUGCACAGUGUUUGGAUGCAUUGGCCGUGCAACUCGACCCUCUCGAUGGCAUGCUAACGGACAGACCACACCCACGCAAUUCAACAAAUGCCGAGCAAGCUUCAGUGUUCGAUUCGUACGUAGUGAAACUGAACGCUCUGUCUACCGCAAUAGAAAUAGCUAUCGCCUGUCUUAGAGUAACGAAUGUCAUUUCAGAGUAG